AUGCAGUACUCGAAGAUCCUGGCCGUCGCCACUCUCUUCUUCUCCGCGGCCCUCGCUAUCCCCGCCGAGAAGCGUGCAUCAUGCGCCUAUACCUGCGGCACCGUCUGCUACACCAGCAGCGCCGUCAGCGCGGCCCAGGCAGCCGGCUACGAGCUUUACGAGGAGGGCAAGACCGACAGCUCGUACCCGCACGUUUACCACAACUACGAAGGCUUUGACUUCUCUGUCUCUGGAACCUACUACGAGUUUCCCAUUCUCAGUGACGGCGAUGUCUACGAUGGCGGCUCCCCCGGUGCGGACCGUGUUAUCUUCAACACCGCCGACGAGCUGGCUGGUGUCAUCACCCACACUGGGGCUAGCAGUGAUGAUGGCUUCGUUUCUUGCUAG